CGUGGUCCACAGUAUGGAUUCAACCAAUGUAAUUCGACUACACUGGGUGACUCGUCGAAUUGCCAGACUCUCAUCUUCAACGGGCCUGACGAUUUUUGUCUAUGGGGCUCUCCGGAUCCCAACGGUCUCAUUGGGAAUGUUGAGGCGAAGGUCGUAGCGUACUGCACCAAGCCCUAUCACGGCACGCGCGUUAUUCCUCCCGGAUCUAUCACUGGUUUGCAAUGGACCAAAACUUCGGCGUACAUUCAAGUCGUCGGAUUUAUCAGUAACGCAGGCUUAGGACUCGACCCCACAGACCAGGGUGGUGAACUUGACCCUCACGGUGCCGAUCUGCAAGGCAACCCUCUUGGCGGCGUUGUUUUCUCCAACGGAACCGCUGACUCUGACGGGACCACCCUCACUCAGGUAUACAACUGGAACACAUUCGUCGGAGGCAAUCAAUUCUGCUUCAAAGCCUGCUAUAACUCCAUCACCUCCCCCGACUACUGCCAGAACGUAUACGAUCUCGUCGGUUGUGACUAUAAUAUGCCCUCUGCUGUUCAGAACGGCACCUUCACCGAGUGUGAUGGUGAUCUUCAAGACGUCGUUGGUGUCUAUACC